AUGAAGUAAUUAUUUUAUUUAUUAUUUUUUAAAAAACUUUAAAAGAAUGAAUAAUUAAUAUUAACCAUAACUCCAAAAGAUGUUAAAAUUUAAAAAGUAUAAAUUUGUCAUAGAAAAUAAAUAAUAAUUGCUUCAACUAAUAAUAGUUAAAUUGCUUUCUUUGAUAUUAAAACUGGAAAACUUUUAGGUUAGUACACAUACUAAUUUGAUAAUAUAAAAAUAUAUGAUAUGAUAUUAAUUCCUUAAUUAGAUUACAUUAUAAUUUGUUUGUCAAAUGGAUAAGUUUAAUUUAUAAAUACUGACAAGUAUUUUUAAGCAAUAACUUAUUUAAUGGUAGAAGAUAAUGCCUUUUUAACUGGAGGAGAUUUUUAAGUUCCUAUGGCACUAGCAAUAUCUAAAAUAAAAUAUUGCGAUAAAACUUAAGUUUUAUUUGCAUAUGAUUUUAAAUAGAAAUUAUUAUCAUUUAAAUUAAAUGAAAUAAUAAACGUAAAUAAAUAUUUAAUAAAAAAUAAAAAAUAUAAAAAUAUAAAAAAGGAUUUAUAAUUACAAACUUCUAAAAAAUUAAUGGAAAGUAAAAAUAAUAAGAAUUAUAAAUAUAUAACUAACUAUCUUUAUUGGUCAGCUAAAGUUUAAACAGAUUAAAUUUAAAAUUUCGAAUAUAAUUUCGAACACCAGCUUAUUUUCGUAGUUUUGGUUGAAAAGAAAGUCUUAAUUUAUAAUUCCUUAAAUGGUGAUUUUAUUGAAACGUUAAGAUAAUCAGAACAAAUAUAUUAACCUAUUCCUAUAGGGUAUAGAAAAAAAAAUACUAUUGAUCUUUAUGAUAAUACGCUGAAAAAAAGGAUUGAUGUUAAUGAUGAUGAGUUGACUUUAAAAUAAAAAGAUUCGAAAAAUUCUGUAAAUAAUAGUAAUAAUCUUACAUUACAUGAAACUAAUUAUAUUUAUCUAAAAUUUCCAUAAAUCGAAUAAGAUCCUUAUUUCUUUUUAAACUUAAUAUAAUAAAAUUAAUAUAAGAAACUCAAAAGUAAUACAAAAUGGAAUUUACAUAUUAAUUAUGAAAAAUAUAGUGCUAAUACUAAUGAAAUAUAAAAUAAGACUGAAAAACAGGUUGAAGAAUUACUUAAAAAAACUUAAGUUUUAUAAAUUAAAAACUAAAGAUUUAAAAUUGUUAGAUUUUAAGUAGAUUUAUAAAAUUUUGAUCCAUUUAAUAAUUAUAAACCUAUCCUUAAUUUUAAGUAAGAUUUAAAAAAUUAAGAAAAUUAAUAAAAUAAAGGAUAGGAAUUAUAGAAUUAAAAUUCAAAAAUAUGGAAUAAUAUAAAUAAUUCUAAAGCAAAUUAAAGAAAUAAUCAUAAACUUUUUGAAAAAACUAUAAAGAAGUUAAAUCUUUCGGAUAAAGAAAUUUAAAAACUUUAAAAACUUAAUACUUUAUUUAAAGAAUCAUAUAAUUUGAAUAAAAUCAACUGA